AAUCAAAAACUCCAACUCUUCAACCCAAAACCAGAACCUAACAUUCUACUCAUCAUCAUCAAAAACCCUUAUAACUCUUCAAACCCAUACAUGGUUACACUUCAUCUCUCUCCCCUUUGCCUCCGACGCUACCGCCACUGCCACUGUGACUGUCGGGCCACCGCCAUCACCUUUGUUACCAACCUCUCUCUCGCUCUUCUCGGCCUAUUGCUUCAGGACAUGUAUUUGCUUCCGGCGGCUUACUUUUCUCUACAUUUUUUCUCUCUCUCUCCAUCUUCUCUUUUCCUUACCAGAUUGACGACGGUCUCCCCGCCGUUUACUCCUCUUCCAUAGCUGCCACUGUCUUCACCCUCACAUCCACCACACACCACCACCACCACCACCAUCUUCACCGUCUUCGUGCCAUUCUCGAACGACGAUAUAAGAUAUGAAGGCUUCAAAUCUGUUAGAUUUAUGGUAGAUCUAAGAUGUGAAGGCUCUUUCUCCGCUGCUACAGCCACCGAGAUGAACGAUGGAGGCCAAAUCUGUGUUCGAUUUUUGUUGGUUCAUGAUCUAUGUUCAAAGUUAUAUAUAUAUAUAUAUAUAUGUGUAAAGCUUCAGUGAUUUCUAUAUGUGUGUGUGUGAUUGGGUAUCUGAUUGUUCGAUUUCCAAACCCUAAUGGCGGAAAUGGAAAUUCGAAGUAUGUAUAUGUGUGUAAUUGGGCAUCUGAUUGUUGUUUGAUUUGGUUGGAUCAGCCACAUUGUGCACCAAACCUGUUUGACGAAAGUCCUUUCUGAAAAUUGUUUACUAUCUAUCUAGUUUGGGAGCUUUUUAAAGAUGUAUGUUGUGAAAAGAGAUGGGCGUCAAGAGACUCUACAUUUCAAUAAGAUCAUUGCCCGUUUCAAGAAGCUCAAGGGCGUCACCACCAGGCAACUCAAUGAAUUGGCCGCUAAAACUGCUGCCGCCAUGAUUGGUAACCAUCCCGACUAUGCUUCUGAAAUUUCAAGAGAAAAUAGCUUUUCCAUUACAUAAAAAUGGUUAGAUCUUUAUGAUACUUGAGUGGGAUGAAUGGAUACAUUUAUAUUUCUGAUAAACCUGUGUGUCCUCUGGAGAUUAAUCCACUUGGUGAUAUGCCGAUGAUUAUAAAGAACGAAGUCCUAUCUGUCUUCUAUAAAUACCCUUCAUUUCAUUCUCACAUCCCAAAACCACCAGAAGGAGUGACUGUGCCUGAGAAGGCAGUCAAAAAGCGAGAUGUCCUACAUUCACCUAUUCUAUGGCAUGAGAAAUCGUCCCUUCUUGGACGCAUAGUUCCUAAAAGGCCACCCAUCCCCAAGUCUGUCUCUGGUCAGUCUCUUGCAAAAUUGGCUUAUCAGCUUGUUUGUAAGUAUUAUCUUGCAAAGCAACCAGUAAGUCACGGAUGCAUGAAAGUUGGCAACCAUGGAGGUGUGGAUGUUCCGACUUGCCAAUCAAACUUGAAGGUGACAGUUUGUGGAAAGGAGCUGGAUGGAGACAAUGAAAACUGCAUUACUACUGAAUCUAGAAAAAGGAAACGGAACAGAGGUAGUCAUCAGGGUAAUAAACUCGGCAACCAAAUAGGUGUGGAUGACCCGACUUGCCAGUCAAACUUGAAAGCAACAGUUUGUGGGAAGGAACUAAAUGAGGCAGUGAACCUGCAUUGCUAUUGAUUCUGAAAAAGGAAACGGAACAGCGAUCGCCGACUUCGCCGAAUCAAUAAGCGAACGUUAAUGUCGACGACAAAUUUAUAAGUAAAAGAAGUACUUAAUGGUGGCUCAAAUAAUGAAUCAUUGACAAAUUAGAUAAUCUCUUAAUAGUUGUCGAUAUGUUUAGAAAAUUAGAUAUGCAUAGUUUUGGAUGGUUUAAACUUUUUGUAUAGUUUAGAACUUAAGGAUAUAUUUUCGAAUGUUUGGAAUGUAAAGACAAUUGUUGAAUGUUUAUAAUUUAUCGAUAUAGUUUCUUUGUGAUAUUUCAAAUAAUAUUUUGGUGGUUGA